UAACAGGACAAGAAAUCCUUAAUGUCCGUUCAAAAUUUCCAUCAUCUGACAUCACCGUUCCUUGUAGAAAUCAUCCUUGGAAGACGCAUACAGGGUAUUUUGUACCCAUCCAAUAUGUCUUUCUACCUAAAUUAUUCAGAGCUUAUUACAGAGCAAAGUAUUCUGAACAGCUGCCUCUCGACAAAACAAAGUGAAUAGGUAAAUGUUUUGAAUCAUUAACUUAGCAUGACCAUAACCUGGCAUGGCAGCUGACAUGUUCUGGAUAAAAGUUUUAUGAAAUAUUUAAAGGGGAAAAACAAGAAAAAAAUAUAUAAAAGAGGUGAAAAGGUGAGCCUACGUUGUUCCUAACGGAAAGACAAUGGGAACAACAGGAGUUCCAUCCAAAGCUCCCCACGCAGAAACCAAUGUUAUAUUCCUCAAUGAAGAGCCAUACUUGCUUCUAUAUAAGAUUCUCCCUUUCGGGAGAAUCGAAUUUAAGUAACCGAAUCAAUGAUGGGAUUCCCAGGAGAUGAGGAAGCAGCAGCCGAAGUACCUGUGAGAUCUUCACUUUUCAGGUACAACUCACCCUUCGUCCAGGUCAGCUUAAUAGGUCUAGUAUGUUUCUGUUGUCCUGGCAUGUUCAAUGCCCUUUCUGGCAUGGGAGGUGGUGGCCAGGUCGACCCUACGGCAGCAAAUAACGCCAACACAGCUCUGUACACCACCUUUUCCGUCUUUGGAAUCCUUGGUGGUGGCAUCUACAACAUCUUUGGACCCAGGAUUACCCUUGCCGUAGGCUGCUCCACGUAUGUCCUUUAUGCGGGCUCUUUCCUUUACUACAAUCACCAUCACGACCAGACUUUUCCAAUUAUCGCCGGCGGUUUGCUUGGCGUCGGUGCAGGCCUUCUUUGGGCUGGACAAGGUGCUAUCAUGACUUCCUAUCCCACCCCUGACCGUAAAGGCACCUAUAUUUCUCUCUUCUGGACUAUUUUUAAUUUGGGUGGUGUUAUGGGUGGACUCAUACCUUUCAUCCUGAACUACCACCGUGAAAAUUCCGAAUCUGUCAAUGACAAGACGUAUAUUACCUUCAUGUGUUUCAUGUCAGCUGGUGCGCUCAUCUCAUCUGCAAUUUUAUCCCCCGAUCGUGUUGUCAGAGAUGAUGGUACUCGCUGCACCAACAUCAAAUAUUCAAAUGUUUACAUAGAGGCUUUUGAGAUCGUUAAGCUCUUUCGUAAUUGGAAGCUGCGUCUCAUCAUCCCAGCUGCCUGGGCUAGCAACUUCUUCUACACCUACCAGUUCAAUAACUUUAACGGUUUGAAGUUUAAUCUGAGAACAAGAGGAUUGAACAAUGUCUUUUAUUGGGGGGCUCAAAUGAUAGGUUCAGUUGGAAUUGGAUAUGUUUUGGACUUCAGUUUCAAGAGCAGAAGAACAAGAGGUUUGGUUGGGAUUGGAGUUGUUGCUGUGCUUGGGACUGCAAUUUGGGGUGGUGGGCUUGCCAGCCAGUUAAAUUAUUCUUUUCACAAGCUUCCCAAGCGGUUGGACUUCAAAAACUCAGGAAACGAUUUUGCUGGACCAUUCGUAUUAUAUUUUUGCUAUGGAUUAUUGGAUGCCAUGUUUCAAAGUUUGGUUUAUUGGGUGAUUGGAGCAUUAGCUGAUAACUCAGAGACCCUCAGCAGAUAUGCCGGUUUCUACAAAGGAGCGCAGAGUGCAGGAGCUGCAGUUGCCUGGCAAGUUGACAAACACAAGGUUCCCUUGCUCAACCAGCUGAUUAUCAAUUGGGCUCUUACCACUUUGAGUUAUCCAUUGCUGGGGCUCCUUGUUUAUUUGGCAGUAAAGGAUGACAGUAAGUCUGCAGAGGAUGCUGAGACUGCUUCCGGAUUCCCUCCCCCUGCUUCAAUCAAAGAUGGUUACGAAGAAGUUGGCAAGUCUACUCCUGCUGCAGAAAGGGAUGCUUCUCAAGUACCUGGCAAGUCUACCUGACAAAUUUUUUUAUCCCCUUUCAAAGUUCUUGUUCAUCUAGUGCAAAAUAAAAGUUCCAGAAGGUGAAAUCUGAAAUUAAUGGAAUUCUUCAUGUAUCAAAUGUUUCUAUUAUUCUAUUCCUUGGUUUGUAGAAUUGUUGUUCUAAACAGGUUGCGAUCUACCUUUUUUUUUUUAAAAAAAUAAUAAUACAAGUUCAGAGAUUGUAAAAGGAAAUGUGCACAUCAGCAUCCUGUUCAUGACAUCUAAUUGUCUAAUCCUAGCUCCUCAUCUUCAGAGAUAAAAUGCAAGGGUUCCUGGUCACUUGGUUCAACAAAUUGAAAUCUGCACACUACAUCACUAGAAAUGCUGGUAGCCAAUUCUCAACAAUCCCAAUAAUUCAAACUAUCGAUCAGUAAAAAGAAUUAAGUCUACAAAUCUUCUGAAUGCUAAAUUGACUCCCCAAAUGGAUCCACCGGAUGGUGGUCGAUAGUAUCAACAAUUUUGCAAUGCUUGUGCGUUCUACUACCAUGAUAAACAAAUUCUUUUCCAAAAUGGUUGAACUGCUAUGUAAAAGCAAUGAAUCAGUUUG